CUCGCUCUCGUGCCCUCGCCAGAGCCCCCGUGCCGCAGCUGAACCGUAGCCAUCAGCCCCCUCAUCCUCGGUUUGGAUGGCUGCGCCCCGCCUUCCUUCCUCCCUUCCCUCCCCGCAGCUCCCACGCGCCUCUUCUUCGCAGUGUAGCAGCAUCAGCGGCGGCGGCAGCUGCCAGGCGCAAAUCUUCAGUCCAACGCCGGAGCGGCAGCGGCUCGCCUGCCUUCCUUCCUUCGUCCGAGGGGGCCCACAGCUCCGUGCCCGCCGCCCCUGCAGGAGACCGCCGAGCCCCGCGAGGAGAGCGCGUCCGCAGCGCCUCGCUGCGCCUCACUGCUCCCCCAUCUCGCGACGCCCGAAGGUGCGGUGGGAUAUGCCAGUGCCCGCACCAGUGCCAGCCAGCAGCGCCGUCUUCCCAGACCCACGGCUCGCGGGCUCUCCUCGUCACCCGUCCGCGCCGCCCGAAAGUUUCUCCGCGCUGCGAGGAUGAACGCAACUUUCUUCAACCAGUCGUGGCUGGCGCCGGGAGUGUUCGGCGACGGGAGCCGCGAGCUGGCCGGCUCUCUGGUGGACUGCUGCAACGGCACGUCGGCGGUGACCACGAGCGACGGCGUCCCCCCGGUCCUCGUCCCCGACGAGCGCAGCCUCUUCAUCACGCGCGUGGUGCAGAUCGCGGUGCUCUGCGUCCUGUCGCUCACCGUCCUGUUCGGCAUCUUCUUCCUGGGCUGCAACCUGAUGAUCAAGUCGGAGAGCAUGAUCAACUUCUUGGUCCGCGAGCGGAGGCCGUCCAAGGACGUGGAGGCGGUCAUCAUCGGACUGUACUAGCGGUGGAAGUGACCUGCCGCGCUCCUCGGUAUUGUCGCAUGUUGCAUGGCUUUGCGCCGGCGGACCUUGUCGUCUGAUGCUUCUCUCAGCAUGACCAGUGCCUGUCCACAAGUGACCUCCUCUCCCUCUCACUCGUCCUUUGCACUUUUUCUGAAUGCUGCUGCCGCCGCCGCUCCUUCCGUUUUGUAAGAAGAAACUUGAAAGCGUUUUCAGGAGUCGCCCCCCCCCCACGACUUUUCACUCACU